CCAAAACCAAACUCCACCAAGACUAUCAACCACAACAUCCAUCAUCUCCAACCGACACUCGACACCAUGGAGAACGGCAACAUUUCGCAGGGCGAGGGCAAGGACCCCUCCAGCUUCCUGAGUGACAUCAUCGGCAACCCCGUCACUGUCAAGCUCAACUCGGGCGUCGUCUACAAGGGCGAGCUCCAGUCGGUGGAUGGAUACAUGAACAUUGCUUUGGAAAAGACCACCGAGUUUGUCAACGGACAGAAGCGCAGAGAGUACGGUGACGCCUUUGUUAGAGGAAACAACGUCAUGUACAUUUCGGCAGACUCAUGA